AUGACUUCAGAACAGCUCAACGCAUCUUCAUCACCACUCAACACAACAUCAUCAGCAGUCAACAUGACCAUAACCCCUCUUAACCACCAGCCUAAAUGGGUUAAAAUAACCUCACCAACAUUAACUGCAACCUCACCACCACUCAACAUUACUUUGCCCCCACUCAAUGCAACUUCAUCAACAAUGAACAUGAACUCAUCAACACUCAACGCAACCUCACAACCGGUUUUGCUGACCUCAACACCACUCAGCCGAACCACACCACCACAUGACCUCAGAGCCACAAAAUGCAACUUCACCGCCAGUCAACAUGACCUCAGUGCCACUGAAUGCAACUUCACCCCCAGUAAACAUGACCUUACCACCACAAAACUCAACUUCACCACCAGCCAACAUGGCCUCACCACCACAAAACACAACUUCACCACCAGUCAACAUGACCUCAGUGCCACUGAAUGUAACUUCAUCCCCAGUCAACAUGACCUCACCACCACAAAACGCAACUUCACCACCAGCCAACAUGACCUCACCACCACAAAACGCAACUUCACCGCCAGUCAACCUAACUUGACCUCAACACCAUUUAAUGCAACCUCGCCGCCGGUCAACAUGACCUCACCACCACUCAACGCAACCUCACCACCAGCCAACAUGACCUCACCACUACAAAAGGCAACUUCACCGCCAGUCAACGUUACCUCAGCGCCACUGAAUGCAACCUCACCCCCAGCUAACAUGACAUCACCACCAUUUAAUGCAACUUCAUCACGAGCCAACAUGACCUCACCACCACAAAACGCAACUUCACCACCAGCCAAUAUGACCUCACCUCCCCUUAAUUUUACCUCACCCCCAGCUAACAUGACCUCAACACCAUUUAAUGCAACCUCGCCGCAGGUCAACAUGACCUCACCACCACUCAACGCAACCUCACCACCACAAAACGCAACUUCACCGCCAGUCAACAUUACCUCAGCACCACUGAAUGCAUCCUCACCCCCAGCUAACAUGACAUCACCACCAUUUAAUGCAACUUCAUCACCAGCCAACAUGACCUCACCACCACAAAACGCAACUUCACCACCAGCCACUAUGACCUCACCUCCCCUUAAUUUUACCUCACCCCCAGCUAACAUGACAUCAACACCACAAAACGCAACUUCAUCGCCAGUCAACAUGACCUCAACACCACUGAAUGCAACUUCACCCCCAACCAACAUGACCUCACCACCACUAAAUGCAACCUCACCACUAUUCAACAUGACCGCACCACCACUCAACACAUCAUCACCAUCAGCCAACAUGACUUCUCCACCACAAAAUGCAACUACACCCCCAGUCAACAUGACCUCAGUGCCACUGAAUGUAACUUCAUCCCCAGUCAACAUGACCUCACCACCACAAAACGCAACUUCACCACCAGCCAAUAUGACCUCACCUCCCUUUAAUGUUACCGCACCCCCAGCUAACAUGACCUCAACACCAUUUAAUGCAACCUCACUGCCGGUCAACAUGACCUUACCACCACUGAACGCAACCUCACCACCAGCCAACAUGACCUCACCACCACAAAACGCAACUUCACCGCCAGGCAAAGUUACCUCAGCUCCACUGAAUGCAACCUUACCACCAGCUAACAUGACAUCACCACCAUUUAAUGCAACCUUACCACCAGCUAACAUGACAUCACCACCAUUUAAUGCAACUUCAUCCCCAGCCAACAUGACCUCACCUUCCCUUAAGUUUACCUCAACCCAAGCUAACAUGACAUCACCACCAUUUAAUGCAACUUCAUCACCAGCCAACAUGACCUCACCACCACAAAACGCAACUUCACCGCCAGUCAACAUUACCUCAGCACCACUGAAUGCAUCCUCACCCCCAGCUAACAUGACAUCACCACCAUUUAAUGCAACUUCAUCACCAGCCAACAUGACCUCACCACCACAAAAUGCAACUUCACCACCAGCCACUAUGACCUCACCUCCCCUUAAUCUUACCUCACCCCCAGCUAACAUGACAUCAACACCACAAAACGCAACUUCAUCGCCAGUCAACAUGACCUCAGCACCACUGAAUGCAACUUCACCCCCAACCAACAUGACCUCACCACCACUAAAUGCAACCUCACCACUAUUCAACAUGACCUCACCACCACUCAACACAUCAUCACCAUCAGCCAACAUGACUUCUCCACCACAAAAUGCAACUACACCCCCAGUCAACAUGACCUCAGUGCCACUCAACUCAACUUCACCACCAGCCAAUAUGACCUCACCUCCCCUUAAUGUUACCUCACCGCCAGCUAACAUGACCUCAACACCAUUUAAUGCAACUUCACCCCCAACCAACAUGACCUCACCACCACUAAAUGCAACCUCACCACUAUUCAACAUGACCGCACCACCACUCAACACAUCAUCACCAUCAGCCAACAUGACUUCUCCACCACAAAAUGCAACUACACCCCCAGUCAACAUGACCUCAGUGCCACUGAAUGUAACUUCAUCCCCAGUCAACAUGACCUCACCACCACAAAACGCAACUUCACCACCAGCCAAUAUGACCUCACCUCCCCUUAAUGUUACCGCACCCCCAGCUAACAUGACCUCAACACCAUUUAAUGCAACCUCGCUCCCGGUCAACAUGACCUCACCACCACUGAACGCAACCUCACCACCAGCCAACAUGACCUCACCACCACAAAACGCAACUUCACCGCCAGGCAACGUUACCUCAGCUCCACUGAAUGCAACCUCACCACCAGCUAACAUGACAUCACCACCAUUUAAUGCAACUUCAUCACCAGCCAACAUGACCUCACCACCACAAAAUGCAACUUCACCACCAGCCACUAUGACCUCACCUCCCCUUAAUUUUACCUCACCCCCAGCUAACAUGACAUCAACACCACAAAACGCAACUUCAUCGCCAGUCAACAUGACCUCAGCACCACUGAAUGCAACUUCACCCCCAACCAACAUGACCUCACCACCACUAAAUGCAACCUCACCACUAUUCAACAUGACCGCACCACCACUCAACACAUCAUCACCAUCAGCCAACAUGACUUCUCCACCACAAAAUGCAACUACACCCCCAGUCAACAUGACCUCAGUGCCACUCAACUCAACUUCACCACCAGCCAAUAUGACCUCACCUCCCCUUAAUGUUACCUCACCGCCAGCUAACAUGACCUCAACACCAUUUAAUGCAACCUCGCCGCCGGUCAACAUGACCUCACCAUCAUUCAAUGCAACCUCACCACCAGCCAACAUGACCUCACCACCACAAAACGCAACUUCACCACCAGCCAAUAUGACCUCACCUCCCCUUAAUUUUACCUCACCCCCAGCUAACAUGACAACAACACCACAAAACGCAACUUCAUCGCCAGUCAACAUGACCUCAGCACCACUGAAUGCAACUUCAUCCGCAGCCAACAUGACCUCACCUCCCCUUAAGUUUACCUCAACCCAAGCUAACAUGACAUCACCACCAUUUAAUGCAACUUCAUCACCAGCCAACAUGACCUCACCACCACAAAACGCAACUUCAUCGCCAGUCAACAUGACCUCAGCACCACUGAAUGCAACUUCACCCCCAACCAACAUGACCUCACCACCACUAAAUGCAACCUCACCACUAUUCAACAUGACCGCACCACCACUCAACACAUCAUCACCAUCAGCCAACAUGACUUCUCCACCACAAAAUGCAACUACACCCCCAGUCAACAUGACCUCAGUGCCACUCAACUCAACUUCACCACCAGCCAAUAUGACCUCACCUCCCCUUAAUGUUACCUCACCGCCAGCUAACAUGACCUCAACACCAUUUAAUGCAACCUCGCCGCCGGUCAACAUGACCUCACCAUCAUUCAAUGCAACCUCACCACCAGCCAACAUGACCUCACCACCACAAAACGCAACUUCACCACCAGCCAAUAUGACCUCACCUCCCCUUAAUUUUACCUCACCCCCAGCUAACAUGACAACAACACCACAAAACGCAACUUCAUCGCCAGUCAACAUGACCUCAGCACCACUGAAUGCAACUUCACCCCCAACCAACAUGACCUCACCACCACUUCAUGUAACCUCACCACCAUUCAACAUGACCUCACCACCACAAAACACAACUUUACCGCCAGUCAACGUUACCUCAGCGCCACUGAAUGCAACCUCACCCCCAGCUAACAUGACAUCACCACCAUCUAAUUCAACUUCAUCACCAGCCAACAUGACCUCACCACCACAAAACGCAACUUCAUCGCCAGUCAACAUGACCUCAGCACCACUGAAUGCAACUUCACCCCCAACCAACAUGACCUCACCACCACUUAAUGUAACCUCACCACCAUUCAACAUGACCUCACCACCACUCAACACAUCAUCACCAUCAGUCAACAUGACUUCUCCACCACAAAAUGCAACUUCAUCCCCAGUGAACAUGACCUCAGCACCACUCAACUCAACUUCACCACCAGCCAAUAUGACCUCACCUCCCCUUAAUGUUACCUCACCCCCAUCUAACAUGACCUCAACACCAUUUAAUGCAACCUCGCCGCCGGUCAACAUAACCUCACCACCACAAAACGCAACUUCACCGCCAGUCAACGUUACCUCAGCGCCACUGAAUGCAACCUCACCCCCAGCUAACAUGACAUCACCACCAUUUAUUGCAACUUCAUCACCAGCCAACAUGACCUCACCACCACAAAACGCAACUUCAUCGCCAGUCAACAUGACCUCAGCACCACUGAAUGCAACUUCACCGCCAACCAACAUGACCUCACCACCACUGAAUGCAACUUCACCCCCAACCAACAUGACCUCACCACCACUUAAUGCAACCUCACCACCAGCUAACAUGACCUCAACACCGUAUAAUGCAACCUCGCCGCCGGUCAACAUGACCUCACCAGCACUCAACGCAACCUCACCGCCUUUCAACAUGACCUCACCACCACUCAACACAUCAUCACCAUCAGCCAACAUGACUUCUCCACCACAAAAUGCAACUUCACCCUCAGUGAACAUGACCUCAGCACCACUCAACUCAACUUCACCACCAGCCAAUAUGACCUCACCUCCCUUUAAUGUUACCUCACCCCCAGCUAACAUGACAUCAACAUCACAAAACGCAACUUCACCGCCACUCAACAUAACGGCAGCACCGCUAAAUGCAACCACAACACCAGCCACUAAUACCUCACUAGCACUCAACACAUCCUCACCAACAAUCAAUUCUACCUCAGCACAACUCAGCACAACAAGUUUGCCAGUUCAGACCACCCUGUCACUCAACGCAACUGUACCACCAAUCAACAUGACCUCACCAUCGCAAAACACAACUUCACCCCCAGUCAAUAUGACAUCAGUACCAAUAAAUGCAACUUCAUCCCCAGCCAACAUGACCUCACCUCCCCUUAAUUUUACCUCAACCCCAGCUAACAUGACAUCACCACCAUUUAAUGCAACUUCAUCACCAGCCAACAUGACUUCACCACCACAAAACGCAACUUCACCACCAGCCAAUAUGACCUCACCACCACUAAAUGCAACCUCACCACUAUUCAACAUGACCGCACCACCACUCAACACAUCAUCACCAUCAGCCAACAUGACUUCUCCACCACAAAAUGCAACUACACCCCCAGUCAACAUGACCUCAGUGCCACAAAACGCAACUUCACCGCCAGUCAACGUUACCUCAGCGCCACUGAAUGCAACCUCACCCCCAGCUAACAUGACAUCACCACCAUUUAAUACAACUUCAUCACCAGCCAAUAUGACCUCACCUCCCCUUAAUUUUACCUCACCCCCAACUAACAUGACAUCAACACCACAAAACGCAACUUCAUCGCCAGUCAACAUGACCUCAGCACCACUGAAUGCAACCUCACCACUAUUCAAUAUGACCGCACCACCACUCAACACAUCAUCACCAUCAGCCAACAUGACUUCUCCACCACAAAAUGCAACUACACCCCCAGUGAACAUGACCUCAGCACCACUCAACUCAACUUCACCACCAGCCAAUAUGACCUCACCUCCCCUUAAUGUUACCUCAGCCCCAGCUAACAUGACCUCAACACCAUUUAAUGCAACCUCGCCGCCGGUCAACAUGACCUCACCACCACUCAACGCAACCUCACCACCAGCCAACAUGACCUCACCACCACAAAACGCAACUUCACCGCCAGUCAACGUUACCUCAGCGCCACUGAAUGCAACCUCACCCCCAGCUAACAUGACAUCACCACCAUUUAAUUCAACUUCAUCACCAGCCAACAUGACCUCACCACCACUGAAUGCAACUUCACCCCCAACCAACAUGACCUCACCACCACUUAAUGUAACCUCACCACCAUUCAACAUGACCUCACCACCACUCAACACAUCAUCACCAUCAGUCAACAUGACUUCUCCACCACAAAAUGCAACUUCAUCCCCAGUGAACAUGACCUCAGCACCACUCAACUCAACUUCACCACCAGCCAAUAUGACCUCACCUCCCCUUAAUAUUACCUCACCCCCAGCUAACAUGACCUCAACACCAUUUAAUGCAACCUCGCCGCCGGUCAACAUGACCUCACCACCACUCAACGCAACCUCACCACCAGCCAACAUGACCUCACCACCACAAAACGCAACUUCACCGCCAGUCAACGUUACCUCAGCGCCACUGAAUGCAACCUCACCCCCAGCUAACAUGACAUCACCACCAUUUAAUACAACUUCAUCACCAGCCAAUAUGACCUCACCUCCCCUUAAUUUUACCUCACCCCCAACUAACAUGACAUCAACACCACAAAACGCAACUUCAUCGCCAGUCAACAUGACCUCAGCACCACUGAAUGCAACCUCACCACUAUUCAAUAUGACCGCACCACCACUCAACACAUCAUCACCAUCAGCCAACAUGACUUCUCCACCACAAAAUGCAACUACACCCCCAGUGAACAUGACCUCAGCACCACUCAACUCAACUUCACCACCAGCCAAUAUGACCUCACCUCCCCUUAAUGUUACCUCAGCCCCAGCUAACAUGACCUCAACACCAUUUAAUGCAACCUCGCCGCCGGUCAACAUGACCUCACCACCACUCAACGCAACCUCACCACCAGCCAACAUGACCUCACCACCACAAAACGCAACUUCACCGCCAGUCAACGUUACCUCAGCGCCACUGAAUGCAACCUCACCCCCAGCUAACAUGACAUCACCACCAUUUAAUUCAACUUCAUCACCAGCCAACAUGACCUCACCACCACUGAAUGCAACUUCACCCCCAACCAACAUGACCUCACCACCACUUAAUGUAACCUCACCACCAUUCAACAUGACCUCACCACCACUCAACACAUCAUCACCAUCAGUCAACAUGACUUCUCCACCACAAAAUGCAACUUCAUCCCCAGUGAACAUGACCUCAGCACCACUCAACUCAACUUCACCACCAGCCAAUAUGACCUCACCUCCCCUUAAUAUUACCUCACCCCCAUCUAACAUGACCUCAACACCAUUUAAUGCAACCUCGCCGCCGGUCAACAUAACCUCACCACCACUCAAUGCAACCUCACCACCAGUCAACAUGACCUCACCACCACAAAACGCAACUUCACCACCAGUCAACGUUACCUCAGCGCCACUGAAUGCAACCUCACCCCCAGCUAACAUGACAUCACCACCAUUUAAUGCAACUUCAUCACCAGCCAACAUGACCUCACCACCACAAAACGCAACUUCAUCGCCAGUCAACAUGACCUCAGCACCACUGAAUGCAACUUCACCCCCAACCAACAUGAUCUCACCACCACUUAAUGCAACCUCACCACCAGCUAACAUGACCUCAACACCAUUUAAUGCAACCUCGCCGCCGGUCAACAUGACCUCAUCACCACUCAACGCAACCUCACCACCAUUCAACAUGACCUCACCACCACUCAACACAUCAUCACCAUCAGCCAACAUGACUUCUCCACCACAAAAUGCAACUUCACCCCCAGUGAACAUGACCUCAGCACCACUCAACUCAACUUCACCACCAGCCAAUAUGACCUCACCUCCCUUUAAUGUUACCUCACCCCCAGCUAACAUGACCUCAACACCAUUUAAUGCAACCUCGUCGCCGGUCAACAUGACCUCACCACCACUCCACUCAACCUCACUACCAGCCAACAUGACCUCAGCACCACUGAAUGCAACUUCUCCUCCAACCAACAUGACCUCACCACCACUUCAUAUAACCUCACCACCAUUCAACAUGACCUCACCACCACAAAACGCAACUUCACCGCCAGUCAACGUUACCUCAGCGCCACUGAACGCAACCUCACCCCCAGCUAACAUGACAUCAGCACCAUUUAAUGCAACUUCAUCACCAGCCAACAUGACCUCACCACCACAAAACGCAACUUCACCGCCAGUCAACGUUACCUCAGCGCCACUGAAUGCAACCUCACCCCCAGCUAACAUGACAUCAACAUCACAAAACGCAACUUCACCGCCACUCAACAUAACGGCAGCACCGCUAAAUGCAACCACAACACCAGCCACUAAUACCUCAGCACAACUCAGCACAACAAGUUUGUCAGUCGUUUUGCCACCAACUGAAAGUCCAACCACAGUUUCACCUUCAACACCACCAGUCAACAUGACGUCAGCACCACUCAAUGCAACUUCAUCACCAGUCAACAUGACCUCAGCACCACUCAAUGCAACUUCACCACCAGUCAACAUGACCUCAGCACCACUCAAUGCAACUUCACCACCAGUCAAUAUGACCUCAGCACCACUCAAUGCAACUUCACCACCAGUCAAUAUGACCUCAGCACCACUCAAUGCAACUUCACCCCCAAUCAACAUGACGUCAGCACCACUCAAUGCAACUUCACCACCAGUCAACAUGACGUCAGCACUCCUCAAUGCAACUUCAUCACCAGUCAACAUGACAUCAGCACCACUCAAUGCAACUUCAUCGCCAGUCAACAUGACCUCACCACCACUCAAUGCAACUUCAUCGCCAGUCAACAUGACCUCAGUGCCACUCAAUACAACUUCACCACCACUCAAUGCAACUUCACCACCAAUCAAUAUGACGUCAGCACCACUCAAUACAACUUCACCACCACUCAAUGCAACUUCAUCACCAGUCAACAUGACCUCACCACCACUCAAUGCAACUUCAUCGCCAGUCAACAUGACCUCAGUGCCACUCAAUGCAACUUCACCACCAGUCAACAUGACGUCAGCACCACUCAAUGCAACUUCAGCACCACUCAACACAACCUCACCACCGCUCAAUGCAACCUCUCCACCAGUCAACAUGACUUUACCACCGCAAAAUGCAACGUCUCCACCAGUCAACAUGACCUCGGCACCACUUAAUUUAACUUUACCACCAGUUAACACGACCUCAUCACCAAUCAAUUCUACCUCACCACAAGUCAACACAACAAGUUUGCCUGUCGUUUUGCCACCAACUGAAAGUCCAACCACAGUUCCACCUUCAACACCACCAGUCAACAUGACGUCAGCACCACUCAAUGCAACAUCAUCACCAGUCAACAUGACCUCAGCACCACUCAAUGCAACAUCAUCACCAGUCAACAUGACCUCAGCACCACUCAAUGCAACUUCAUCACCAGUCAACAUGACCUCAACGCCACUCAAUGCAACUUCACCACCAGUCAACAUGACCUCAGCACCACUCAAUGCAACUUCAUCACCAGUCAACAUGACCUCAGCACCACUCAAUGCAACUUCACCACCAGUCAACAUGACCUCAGCACCACUCAAUGCAACUUCACCACCAGUCAAUAUGACCUCAGCACCACUCAAUGCAACUUCACCACCAGUCAACAUGACUUCACCACCGCAAAACAUAACCUCACCACCAGCCAACAUGACUUCACCACCACAAAACGCAACUUCACCCCCAGUCAACAUGACUUACGACAACCCCAUCACUCAACGCAACCUCACCACCAGUCAACAUGACAUCAGCACCACAAGUCAACACAACAAGUUUGCCAGUUCCACCUUCAACACCACCAGUCAACAUGACGUCAGCACCACUCAAUGCAACAUCAUCACCAGUCAACAUGACCUCAGCACCACUCAAUGCAACUUCACCACCAGUCAACAUGACCUCAGCACCACUCAAUGCAACUUCACCACCAGUCAACAUGACCUCAGCACCACUCAAUGCAACUUCACCACCAGUCAACAUGACCUCAGCACCACUCAAUGCAACUUCACCACCAGUCAACAUGACCUCAGCACCACUCAAUGCAACUUCACCACCAGUCAACAUGACGUCAGCACCACUCAAUGCAACUUCACCACCACUCAAUGCAACUUCACCACCAGUCAACAUGACUUCACCACUGCAAAAUGCAACUUCACCAGCACCAAAUGCAACCUCUUCACCAGUCAACAUGACGUCAGCACCACUCAAUGCAACUUCACCACCAGUCAACAUGACUUCACCACCACUCAAUGCAACUUCACCACCACUCAAUGCAACCUCUCCACCAGUCAACAUGACGUCAGCACCACUCAAUGCAACUUCACCACCAGUCAACAUGACUUCACCACCGCAAAAUGCAACUUCACCACCACCCAAUGCAACCUCUCCACCAGUCAACAUGACGUCAGCACCACUCAAUGCAACUUCACCACCACUCAAUGCAACUUCACCACCAGUCAACAUGACUUCAGCACCGCAAAAUGCAACUUCACCACCACCCAAUGCAACCUCUCCACCAGUCAAUAUGACGUCAGCACCACAAAUCAACACAACAAGUUUACCAGGUGA